AUGCCUCCCAAGUCGACUCGAUCAUUCCAGCGCACUCUCUCCAAUAGCUCGAACGCUUCUUCCUCCUCCACCUCCAACAAGACUACCAAACUCAAACAGAACAAGCUCGACUUUUCUUUUCAUUCUACCAGCUCAUCCUCCUCCGCAGCGCGCCCGUUCGCAUCCAGACCGCUCAGUAGCACGCCUUCUUUUGGAUUACCUCUCGCCGCUUCGUCGACCUCACUACCGCCGCCUUCUACCCACACUUCUGCUGCGCACAAGGGCAAGCAGAGGCAGCAUAAUUCCAUCGGCGAUCGAAAUGAGGACCCCGCCAACAGCUCAGGAGCGACCGAUUACGAUGCGGACAGUCUCUGGUCCGAAAGACUCGCACCUCACACUGGCGAUGAGUUGGCAGUCCAUCCCAAAAAGGUAGCCCAAGUGCGCACUUGGAUCCAAGAGGCCUUUUCCAGUAAGGCGCUGGUGUCCCGAUAUCACAAGGUGCUUGCAUUGACCGGUCCAGCAGGAGCAGGUAAAUCAGCUACCAUUCGUGCACUCGCCUCCCACCAAGAUCUCGACUUCGACAUUCUCGAGUGGCACCAUGAUCAGCCUUCCUUCGACCCGGACAAUCCAGGGGCAUCUUUCAUCGAACGCUUUGCCGACUUUCUCUCGAAAGCCGCCAGGUUCCCGACCUUGGAACUGCACGCUUCGGAUGACGAUGCCUCGAGUUCAUCGCUUACGCUUGACUCCGCUCCACGUGCCAAUCGACGCAGAGUGAUCUUGUUGGAAGAAUUGCCUAAUCUGCACCAUUUGCCCACAAAGCAGCUCUUCCAAGCCUCGAUUGAACAGCACAUGCAACAAUCGAUCCAGCUCACGGCGCAUGGGUUCCCCAAUGUGCCCAUCGUCCUGGUCGUGACGGAGAGCACGCCUAGGGAGGAUCAAGACCGAUGGUCGGGCGACUCUUCUUCCGGGAACACGUGGCGCGAUAGAAUUGCUUCCAUCAUGGACACCCGCAGUGCUCUCGGCGAAACCAUACGAAAGCACCCCGCCUACACCGAGAUCCGAUUCAAUCCUGUCGCACCUACCAUUGUUCUCAAAGGUCUCAAGAGGGCCAUCGAUCGAGCCACCUCCACAACCAGCAAGACCGCGUCCAAGAUAUGGCUGCAGCUGCUUCAGAUGAUCGCUGAAGAUUCCAAUGGCGAUCUCCGCGCCGCCGUCAACUGUCUCCAAUUCGUCGGCGCAGGCAGCAAACACUUCGAGAUGAUUGUCAAAGAAAGGGGUGCGAAGAAGACGCAAGAUAUAAGCAGGGCGAUGCGAAAGAUGAUGCCCUUGGUUUCGGGUAGGGAGAGCUCUUUGGCGCUUUUCCACGCUCUGGGUAGAGUGCUGUACAACAAGCGCGAAGGCGAUCCUGGCAAUGAAGGUUCAACAGCGAGAGCCGCCGCUAAUAGCGAUCUCGACAGCGAUCAAGACAUCGACGGUGAUGGCCGAGACGACAGCAACCAGCUCAAAGAACGCUUGAAGCGUGCCAUGCAGGCUAUCGUUCAAUCGCCCUCCGAACAAGACAGCUUCUGCCAGCUACCGGAAUACAUGUCGCACCUCGACCGGCGGCCUUCGCGCGUUGAGCCCGACCAGCUCUGGGCAGACUUACCCGUCGAUUCCUCCGUCUUCCAACUCUACCUGCAUCAGAACUUCCCGCAGUUCUGCACUGAAGUCGAGCAGUGCGAAGCCAUCCUCGAGUUUUUCAGCACCGCUGACGUGCUCACACCGCUGCAUGAGCAGUAUCGACAUUCGUCGCUCUCGGCCUACUACGCAUUUUUGCUGUCUACGAGGGGCACGCUGCUGCGUCUGCCGAGUCCUGUUCCUCGAAGUGGACAGAAAUUGGGCAAAGCGACUUGGUGGGAUGUGCAGAAGAAUUUUAGGGUCAUGCUGCAAGAUAUGGAGGAUGUCAAGGCAUCCUUGACGAGAUCGGCGGGAGGGGCGGGGAGGAUCGACAGGGAAGACGCGGCGGGAGGAAGGUUGAAGAGGACCAAGUUCACUCAUCCCGCUUUCGUCUCGGCGGGUUCCGACGAUGCGAUAGAGAAGACAGAUGCAGGUCUGGGCGACGAAGCCCGGCACACAACUCUAUUCCGAAGUGAUCCAGUGACGCUGGUCACCGAGAUCUUGCCUCUGCUCGCCAAGAUACGACCAUCAGAGUUCGACGAUAAAAUCAACGAGCUGGCGAGAAUGCGCUUCGAACAUGCCGGAGUCGCAGAUAUGGCAUCUAGGUUCUUGGACGAGCACGAAACCGGCGUCGCGGGUGAAGACGACGACGAGGUGCAGUCGGAUCGGAAACGAAAGCAGGUCAAGGACACGAGCAAGCAGGAGGAGGAACGAGAGGAAAAGCUGUUUCUCUCGGACGACGAUAUCGGCGACUUUUGA